GGCACCACAUUCAACGAUGUAACAAGUCUUGUUAAAAUUUUAAAAUAAUCCUUUAUUUUUAAUUAGGAGAUCAGCCGAAAGUUGCUUAGCAAAACGAACUAGACAUAUUACUUGUCUAUAAAAUUUGCAGUUCAAGUGUAAACCGUUAUAUUAAAUAAUAAUAACAUAUUUCGGGAAAGAUCGCAAUUAAACGUAUACGCCAGUGAUAAUUUUGAAUUUACCACAAAUGCGAUUAAAACACAACUUCCAUUUAAAAUAUGCUGCUUACAAUUGCUGCUUAGAAUUGUCUAAUAAAUCAUUUGUCUGUGCUGUAAGUCCAUGGAUCAUUAUAGUGCCAUUGGCGGAGAUAGCUGUAGUUGUUAGUUAAUAUAGAAAUAUUCCGUGUUUUCCGCGAAACUUUCGCUUGGUAGUACGGAUAAUACGGAUGAUUGAUUUUUAAAUCAAUAUAAAAAUGUACCUACGAUGGAAUGUGCGAAGAGAAGUGUUAUUUUUGCUUCUUUAUACUAUUGUGUGCAACUUGGCUUUAAUUACUGCCGGAGCCGCUACGGGAUAUUCCUCCGUCGUACUUCCGGUAUUGACAAGUAAUACGUCAUCGAUAACUUUAACUGCAAUGGAAGCGCCCUUAUUUGCUUCUAUAAUAUCCAUUAAUCAAAUCAUCGGUUGCGUCUUAAGCUGUAUUACGAUGAACUAUGGAAGACGAUGUACCAUGAUAGUAUGCAGUGUAAACUUAAUUUUGGGCUGGAUCUUAAUUGCGAGUAGUUAUAAUGUGGCACAGCUCUUUGUGGGUAGAUCGUUAACAGGAAUUGCCACGGGUCUUUGUUUGUCUUCAAUUGAAAUUUAUUUAGCAGAAAUCUGUAUAUCCUCAUGGAAGGAGACCAUUAUAGUUACUCCUAAUACAGCGAAUUCCAUCGGAGUUCUAAUCGUUUAUUUUGUAGGGUUUGUUUUUGAGAACAAUUGGAGGCUGAUAGCAGCAAUUUUUAUCGCACCUUCGAUAUUACUUGUGCUAUGCAAUAUUUUUUUCAUUCACGAGAGUCCUGAGUGGUUGCUUAUGAGAGGUCGAAAAGAGGAAGCUAAGAUUGCUCUACUUCAUAUACGCGGUUUGCAUCAGGAAACGAUAGAGUUUCAGGAAGAGUUUGCUAAAAUGACAAACUAUGUCGAAUUAAUAAAUAACUUCGAAAUAUCUCGAAAUAGUCAACUAGACUCCUCCGUGACAAAAGACGCUAAAAAGAGAUCGUUUCUAAACUGGAAUGUAUUGAUUUAUAAACUGAAAAGCAUCAAGAAAACGAUCCUUUUACCAGAAGUAUGGAAACCGUUUGUAAUACUAAACUUCUACUUCUUUUUUCAACAGUUUAGUGGAUUAAUGGUGAUUUUAAAUUAUGCUAUCGAUAUAAUUAGUAUGCUCAAGAUCACAGGGGACCCCUUCUUGAUCACUGUCAUACUAGGAAUUGUCCAAGUGUUAGGUCAGGUGAUGACCGCAUGCUGUAGCAUAAGAAUUGGUCGUCGAAUUAUUUCGAUCGUAUCCGGUGUCGGUGUAUCAAUUUCUUUGGGCACUUUAUCAGUGUACCUGGAACUUUUUGAAGACACCGGCGUUACGACUGUACCUCUCGUUUGCAUUCUUCUCUAUAUGGGCUUCGGAUCAUUUGGAUUUCUUACGAUUCCUUGGUCAAUGAUUGCGGAGCUAUAUUCUAUCAAGCACGUAAAUGUUCUUGGAUCCAUUACUAGUUUCAUCGCCAGUUCGUUCAAUUGCAUUGUCAUACAAUAUUAUCCAAUGAUGGUGACGCAAAACAGAAAUGGCACUUUUCAUUUUUAUUGCAUAGUUGCCAUCAUCGGUACCUUUUUUCUAAUGGUUGUGUUACCGGAGACACGAGGGAAAACGAAAAUUCAGAUUGAAGAAAUCUUUAAGAGAGAUUUGCAGACAGAAAAAACUUUGAGGAAAAUUGAAGAUGCAUAAAUGAUUUGAGUGCAACGAACAAAACAUUGCUGAAGCAGUUGAUAUAUAUAUAGGAAUACGAGAAUUUCUGAUGUGUAUGUGAAUGCGGCAGUUCCGAAAUAAAUAUUUCUUUGGAUAAUAAAUAAUCAGCGAUAAUCUUCAUGUUGGAGCAGAUAAAGGAAGCAGAAAAUAGAAUCUGUGUGUCCCUCUAGAGAGAUAAGAAAGAAGCUUACUGAUUGCUCAUGCGGUAUAUUACAGCCGAGAUACGAGAGUAAAUGAACAAGUAAAUCAACCGCUAUCAGUUGAAGGAACUACGUAAAUAUUCGUUCAUUAAUUUGUUAUAAAAAUGUUGACCUACUUAUGUAUAUAGAGAAUUAUGAAUUAAUAGCUUUAAACAAUCUUUCCAUAUAAUAAUCUAAUUAUUCUUGUCACAAUUAAAAACAUUGUUUUUUAUAUUUCUAUAGAGAGUAGCUUUUUAACCUUUUUUCUUAAGUCUACUAAAGAUCGGAUGUUCAAUAAAUGUUCAAACUCAAAUUACACAUUUUAUUUGUGUCUUUAUUUCAUAUAAUUAUUUUAAUAC